AUGGCCAUGGCAACGAAGUCAGUUUCUUCCUUCGCCAUAUUUUUCAUCCUCUUUCUGGUUAUGUUUGCAGAAGUGCAGGAGACAGAAUCUCAGGAUAGAAGAUGCCUUAAAGAAUACGGUGGCGAUGUAGGAUUCAGCUUCUGCGCACCUCGAAUAUAUCCGUCGUUCUGUUAUCGGAGAUGUCGUCAGAACAAGGGCGCGAAAGGGGGAAAAUGCCGUUCAGAGGCCGGCACAGGUGGUAUGAAAUGCUUAUGCGAUUUCUGCAGCGACAAGCCUUAA